UUUUAUUUCAUCUUCCUAUUUUACAGACCAUUUUUUUGGUUUCAUUUUUUCCACUUCUCAAUAAUUUUUUUUUUGGGUUACAAGAGAAGUGAAGCAUCUUUUUUUGUGGUCUAAUUUUUAUUAUUUUAAAGAUUUUUUUGCAGCAAUGGUAGCAGAUGCAGUGGGUAUACAUUGCUGCCAAUAUACUCUUUUACAUCCUUGUGGGCAAGUAGAUAACCAUUACACAAUGCUAUACAUGAUGCCUGGGGCUGAUGCAGCUAUUUAGCUGUGGAUUCAUAUGAACUAUAAUUGAUUUAUGAGUAAAAGAUCCCCGAGAAUUGCAAUAAUAGUAGAUCUGAGCUCAUAGUUCUUUUAAAACACAAUGAGUUAAACAACAACAGCAACAAACCUAGUGUAACCCCUAAACACAAUGAUUUCAAUACUAAGAAUUUUGAAGGUUGAACUCAAAAGUAUUACAUCAUGGAUCUGCCUUUGUAUGAAGCGUGAUGACCUAGCUAAUUUGAAAUAGAGACAUUGUUGGCAUAUGGAUUAACGGAACAACACAGAUAUUAACAUGAACUCAAGUAUCUAACCUGUCUUGAAUUGUUGUAACCAAUGGUCAUUCAAACUCAACGAACAUAGACUAAGAUCAAAUGGAUAAUCAGAAACAUGCUACUUGGGGGCAUCUAUUAAGGAGGGACAAAAUCUUUGGCAUCAUAAUUGUUAUUUUUGUCGUUGAUAGUUAAACUUAGGCUAAGCUUCUCAAAAGUCAAAGUUAAUGGACAAUGAUUCUAGGGUUCUAAGUUAUAGCAGACAUGGAGCUAGCAUUUUGAGUUUAUGGACUAGAUUCAAAAGAAAGAAAGUUAUUGCGUUCUUGACAAAUUGUAUAGACAUAUUACAUGGAUUUUUUUGACACAAAUAUAGGGUUUAUGCUAGAGUUACUGUGUUUUACCGAACCCGUUAUUGAGGUGCUAGCUCUCCCCCUAAUUUACAGUCCCCUUGGGAAGUGUGUCAUAAAACUCCUUGCCUUCGCGAUAAUUGAAUAUAUUGCCAACUUGAGGCUAUGGUUUAACAGUCUAGUGAGCGAGACAAUCCUUUAGGCCAAGCUUGAUAUCACAAAUUCAAUUUCGAGUCUUGAAUCCUGCAGCUUCUGCCUUGUGAGUCCAUGGCUUCAAGAAGUUUGAAGCUAUGCUUCAAUCUCAUUUCCAACUUGGAUACUUAGUUAUCCUUUUCCAGUGACGUCAACCACAUGGAAGUAAAUUUACGAGGCCUUUCCAACUGUUUCAGCUUUUCCUUCUUGCCUGCUCCUUGGGAUGCUAUCUGUGAAUCAAGUUGAGGGGGCUCAGCAAGGUGCCUCAUCCAUGAUUAGCUCAAAGUUGGAAACUGUGGCUACUCAGGGAAAGGCCCCGACUUGUCUUGCCAACGAAAAUGUGCUUAAGGCUAGGAAGCCUUAUACCAUUACAAAACAGAGAGAGAAAUGGACAGAGGAAGAACACCAGAGAUUUCUUGAAGCAUUAAAGCUUUAUGGCCGUGCUUGGCGCCAAAUAGAAGAAUAUGUUGGAAGCAAAACUGCAAUUCAGAUUCGUAGUCAUGCACAGAAGUUUUUUGCCAAGGUUGCUCGAGAUUCAGGGAAUGAUGGUGAUGAAUCCCUAAAUGUGAUUGACAUACCUCCUCCUCGGCCGAAGAAGAAACCACUGCAUCCAUACCCUCGCAAAAUGGCUGAUUCAUCUAUAGCUAACAAGGCAGUUUCAGGUCAGCCUGAAAGGUCUCCUUCCCCAAAUGCAUCAGGAAGGGAGAGUUGUUCUCCAGAUUCAGUUUUGCCAGCAAUUGGUCUAGGGAUUGCUGAAUAUUCAGUUGCUGAGCAGCAGAACUCUCGCUUUUCACCAGUCUCUUGUACUACGGAUGCACACACUGCAAAUAUAAUUUCUGCGGAGAAUGAUGAUGAGAGUAUGAGCUCAAACUCCAACAAUGUGGAUGCAAUCCACGUCACGUUAAAACCAGUAGCUGCUAGUACCAGUCCGAUUACCAAUUCAGAGUUCAUGGAAUGUGAUAUAGUUCAUACAGAGAAUUCUUGUAAUGGUGAAAAGCUAGCUGUUGAACCACCUUCUGCAAGUAUCAAGCUGUUUGGAAAGACGGUUUUCGUACCAGAUGCCAAUAACCUUGCUCCGCCAGCUCCAUACAACACAGAAAAGGAAAACGAGAUCAGCAAUGAAGAUGUACUUCAUGGAUUCCAAGCUAACCAAGCAAAUUCACCGUUUAUACUUGCCAUGGUUCCAGGCAAUAUGAUUCCACCAGCAUCUUGGUUGUCACAAAACAUGCUUGAAAACAAUCGUGAGAGUACUGCAGCCUUCCCUGCAGCUACAAUUUCUUGGUGGUCCUGGUACCAAGAUCUCUUAUAUCGGUCCAUCUCAUCGUGUGGCCAAACAACCGUGGAGACUGCUUCUCAUUGUCAGGGACUAAAAGAUGAAGAACCUCAAAGAGAGGGAUCAUCGACUGGUUCAAGCAUUGGCUCAGCUAGUGAAGUUGACGAUGGAAACAGGAGUUGUGAAACAGUUGAGUCCAAAUGUACAACCAAGAUCAAGGGAUUUGUACCAUACAAAAGAUGUUUAGCAGAGAGGGAUGGCAAGUCAUCCGGAGCUGUUUUAGAAGAGAGAGAAUCUCAAAGGGUUCGCGUGUGUUCAUAGCACUUUUUUGGUACAGUUUCCUCCUCCUGACCAGCCAGAAGUUCUGGUGUUCUGCACAGCAUUUCUGUUUUAUUAACCAAUGGCUGUUUAGGAGUCUUAGGUCUGCAGAUAAUCUAAUUCAGGAGCUCCGCGACACUCUCAACUCUGUAGCUUUUUCAACAUUCUUUUAGUUUCCUUUCAUAUUUUUCAGCUGCACACGAAACUGAGUUUGCAGCCAAAAAACGCGCAGCUGCAUUUUUUCCUAUCAACUAGUCGUGUAGCAGUUGUUCUGUAUCAUACUCAUUGUAAUUUUCUUCAGAGUGUUCUAACUCUAUAAGGAUGCCACUUUUAUGUUAUCCAAAUACAACCAAAUAUCUCUUGUUUUUAUGA